CCUCAUGUCAAUAUGGCGAUGUAGAUGUCCUCUCCACGCUGGUUUGUUGACAUUUAUUUAAAACCUUUAUACCGACUGUUUUAGUCGAAUUACAACAACAACAACCAUGUCAAGACUCAUCGUUAAAAACCUGCCUAAUGGGCUGAAGGAGGAGAGGUUCAGGUCGAUGUUUGCUGCUUUCGGCACCGUCACAGACUGCUCUCUGAAGUUCACCAAAGAGGGAAAGUUCCGAAAGUUUGGCUUCGUGGGCUUCAAAUCCGAGGAGGAUGCGAGCAGAGCGCUGAAACAUUUCAACAAGAGCUUUGUGGACACAUCCAGAGUAACGGUGGAGAUGUGUAAAGCGUUUGGAGAUCCCACUAAAGGGAAAGCCUGGAGUAAGCACACCCAGAGCUCAGAGCAGGAUAAACCCUCUGCUGCUGCUUCCACCACAGACAAAAAGAAGAAAAAGCCGGGGAAAAAGGAAACCAGCAGUGCACUGGGAAAUCUGGAGGCAGAAGAUGGAUUUAAUGAGUUUCUGUCAGUGCAUCAGAACCGCAGCCAGGCCCAGACCUGGGCAAAUGACAUGGCUCAGGAUCCGACUGACUCCGGAGGCGUACAAAAGCAGAAGAAGAAAAAGCCCGCCUCUGAUGAUUACCUUAACUUUGAUUCAGACGAGUCAGAGGAUGAGAAGCAUGAUGAUGAUGAUGUUGAAGAUAAGGUUGCCCCUAAAGAAGCCCUGAAGUCCGGCCUGUCGGAUAUGGACUACCUGCGCUCCAAGGUGGCUCAAACUAUGGAGGAGAGUAAUGGAGAGAAUGAAGCUGAUGAAGAGGAGGAGGAGGGUCCUGUUCAGCAUGGGGACAGCGCCUAUGAGAGCGGUGAACGAGAGAACAUCUCAAAGCCUAAACCUUUCCCUGGGAAUAAGAAACAAAGUGCCCAACAGGAGAUGGAGCCGACGACAGACUUCACAGUGAAGCUAAGAGGCGUCCCAUUUAAUAUAAAAGAGCAACAAAUCCGAGAGUUCAUGACUCCGCUGAGGCCUGCAGCCAUCAGGAUCGGGAGGAACGAAACUGGAAACAGAACCGGUUAUGUGUAUGUGGACUUGCACUCUGAUGAGGAGGUGGAGAAAGCUCUGAAGAAGAACAAAGACUACAUAGGGGGUCGUUACAUCGAAGUCUUCCGCGUUGAUUCAUCGGGGGCGAAAAGCAAGAGGAACAAAAAUGACAAAGAAAUUGACAGAAACUUCACCAGGAAGCUGAAGGAGGACGAGGAAGAGGAGGAUGUUUCAGAGUCUGGUCGACUCUUCAUCAGAAACCUUCCCUACACCUGCACAGAAGAAGAGAUGAAAGAGCUUUUCGCUAAAUAUGGUCCUUUAUCUGAGAUCCUCUUCCCUAUUGACAACCUGACCAAGAAACCUAAAGGAUUUGCUUUUGUUACCUACAUGAUACCAGAAAAUGCUGUGGUAGCUCUUGCGAAGUUGGAUGGACAUAUAUUUCAGGGUAGGAUGCUUCAUGUUCUUCCCUCCACUGUGAAGAAGGAAAAGUCUGAGUCUUCAGAAUCUGGUGGUCCUGGUUCUUCAUCAUAUAAACGACGGAAAGAUGCUAAAAAUAAAGCUUCGAGUUCUAGUUCACACAACUGGAACUCUUUGUUUCUGGGUACAAGUGCAGUGGCCGAUGCCAUUGCUGAAAAAUAUAACACCACAAAAAGCCAAGUCUUAGACCAUGAGUCAAAGGGAAGUGUUGCAGUGCGGAUGGCUCUUGGAGAAACUGAGAUUGUCCAGGAAACCCGACAGUUCCUGCUGGACAACAGUGUUUGUCUAGACUCCUUCAGUCAAGCAGCAGCAGCAAGGAGUACAACUGUGAUCCUCAUAAAAAACCUUCCUGCUGGAGUGACGACGACAGAGCUGGAAGAACUUUUCUCGCCUCACGGCUCUUUGGGUCGAGUUCUGCUGCCGCCUUCAGGCCUCACCGCCAUCAUUGAGUUCCUGGAGCCAACCGAAGCCAAGCGAGCCUUUGCCAGGCUAGCUUACAGCAAGUUCCAUCAUGUUCCACUGUAUUUGGAGUGGGCUCCUGUUGGGGUGUUCACAGCUGCCAAACCAGAAACAGAUAAAGAGAAGACAGUGAAGGAAGAGAAAAAGAAAGAGGAUGAUGAGCAAGAAGAGGAAGAAGAAGAAGCUGUGCCGGGUUCUACACUUUUUAUAAAGAAUCUGAAUUUCAGCACAACAGAAGAAAAGCUACAGGAGAUCUUCUCCAAAUGUGGAAAGGUCAAGUCUUGCAGUAUUUCCAAGAAGAAAGAUAAAUCAGGUAACGUGUUGUCCAUGGGUUACGGUUUUGUUCAAUAUCAGACAGCAGAGGCAGCACAGAAGGCUCUUAGGCAACUGCAGCACUGCAUGGUGGAUGAUCAUCAGUUAGAGGUGAAGAUUUCUGAAAGAGCCACAAGAACUGCUGAGGUGUCUCGCAAAAAGAAGCAAGCUGAGAAGAAGCAAACAGGCUCCAAGAUUCUUGUCCGCAACAUUCCCUUCCAAGCCACCGUCAGGGAAAUUCGGGAGCUUUUCUGUACAUUUGGGGAGCUGAAGACUGUCCGUCUUCCAAAGAAAGCAGCUGGCUCAGGGAACCAUAGGGGCUUUGCCUUUGUUGAUUUCCUCACCAAACAGGAUGCUAAGAAAGCCUUCGCUGCACUCUGCCACAGCACCCAUCUGUACGGGAGGCGUCUUGUGCUGGAAUGGGCUGAUGCUGAGGAUACGGUGGAAACAUUGAGACAGAAAACGGCCGAACAUUUCCAUGGUGAUCUACCAAAGAAGAGACGAAAAGCAGAAGUAAUGGAAGGAAUUCUUGAGUCGAUGGAAACCGAUGGGGGAGUUGAAGACUGAGGUGGACCUAAUCAUGAACAGGAGAGAUUUGGACUGUGAAAAAUAAGGAGACCUGACUAUAGACAAACAAACAUAUGGCAAUAAUUUUACAAAGAUUAUUACUGUGACUGUUCUAUGUUUUUGUAUGAAAUAGUUUUACAUAAAUGUCUACAUGUUGAUUGUCGUUCUUCAUUUAUUACUUGCCUCCCAAGGUUGUUGAUGCAUCAAUUGCAACUAAGCCAGUUCAAUAAGUGGAAUAAUAGAAACUUUUAUUUCAUUGCUUG